UCAAACUCCUCAUCUGGCCUCACUCCGAGCUGCUCCUCCCUGUCUCUCCGCUCCAGCAACAGCCGAGCAUCCCUCCGCAGCAUCUCCAGCGACAGACUCAACUCCACUGGCACAGCGUUUGGACUGCCCUUGGGGACUGGAAAGUUGUUCUCGUGUGAGGACGAACCUCCGCUGGACUUUGAGUGGAACCGCCUGAGUGAGCUGAAGAGACGGAAUACACUGUGUUUACCUCACAUGAAGUCGUCCUACCCGGUCGAGACCCAGUCAUGUGAAAACAAGAAGUUUGAAGAUGAUGGCUUCAAGCGUGUGUCCGAUGCUUCCUUUCUCUCAAAGAAGAGGAAGCCCAACACAAUGGACGUAGAUGACGGUCCAUCAAAAACCUUACCUGAAGACCACAGAAAACAUGCUCGGUAUGGCACUGUGUAUCAGCGUCCUGGUCCACCAACACCGGCCAAUGGUCACUCCAUGACACGGCGGAGCUCCGGACGUCUCAACCAGAGUCCAAAGACACCGGUCAGCACCCGGAGGAAGUCGAGGUCUAACUCUCGUACACCACGAGGCACUCUCAGACGCACUCCAAAGGGAGUGUCACCACGAACUGCACACUCACCUCGGUGGGAUAGUGAAAAUAAAGCUCCGGCUAAACUGUCUGACCGACGAGAGAGUAUCCUUUAGCAUCGGCUUCUCCCCUGUACACAACCAGGGGAUGAGUCGCGGCAUGAAGCGCCAGACGGGCUUCAUUCAGAAGCAGCCAGAGGAGAAGAAGAGCCAGCCUAGGCGACACAAAAACCAUCGGU